UCCAAAUUGUUAUAAAAGGCAAGCAGUUUGGCUUAUAUUCCAUACAUUUUACAGCAGAAGGAUGGAGUUCAAGCUCUUACAUCUAGUUCUUGUCGUAUCCUGUAUCCAUGUUAUAAGCUGCUCAAAUAAGGACACUCCGGCUCUAACAAAGAUUCUUAUACAACCUAAUACGACAGAAAAUCCCUCUAUUCCAACAACCAAGAAUUUCCAAACAAUUUCGAGCGAUGAAAAACUUGUGGAACAAGUGGUAUCAAUUCGACGUUUGUUGAGAUAUCCAUCGAUUGUUCUUCAGGACGCCUUUCAAACCAUGUUCUUGAAAACUGGUGACUUGAGACCAUCACUGAUGUUAAAAUAUCUCCAGCAAACGAUUUUACCGCUGUUACAGAAUGAAAACAAAGACGAACUAUUUACUCUGUUAAGGCUCAUAAAAGACUAUUUUACAGGAGAACUUUCCUCAUAUGAAGUCUUAUUGUAUUAUAGGAAAUUCGAAUCCUUAUUAGAAAAUAAAUUUGAUAUGCUUGUUUUAGCAUUACAAGAUUUGAACACAGGGCUAAGUCGGUACAAAGAAAUGGAAAUAACCCCUGAAAUUAGAAAACUUCUUCAGAUGCAACAAGUUCUCUAUGGUGAAAUGGUCGAGAUGUUUGCUAGUUUUAAUGACGAUGACGAUUAUGACGAUGAUGAUGAUGACGACGACGACGAUGACGAUGACGACGAUGAUAAUAAUGCCGUUUGAAAUGUAAUUUAGGUUAUACUGAUUUGAAAAUUGUAGAAACAAUAUAAAAAUCUUUAUAAGUAUUCAGGAUUAAUUAUAAUAAUAAUAUUGAAUCUUUCUGAUUCUAUCAAGAGGAUAGGAAAUUAUAAUUGUUUCUUACUUUGUACUA